AUGGGUCUACAGGAUUUCUUCAACUGGCGGUCACAAACGGCCGCCGCCAAUACAGAUGCAGUGACGGACGACGAACCGGCUGCAGAGGUCGAUGAACCACCGGAUCACCAUAUUUCCUUUGAAAAACCUCAGUCUGAUUUCCACAAGUCUGCCGUUCGUGGGAAGAUGGACCGCAAGGAAUCCCUCCUUACCAAGGCACUAUUGAGAGGUCCUGAGACGGACGCAGACAAACCAGAGAUACACGUCGCAACGGAUCUUUCUCGUCGUCGUUCAAUGAUUAGCAAUGCCAGCAUGGCUUCGACUGCUGAGCUCACCAGUGAUGGAGGUCUUACGAGUCCCGCACGGACGAAUACACCAAGCCCACCCCCACCAGGCGCUUUAUAUGCCAGCUUCGCACCGUACUCCUUGGGGAAGAAGGCCAUCCCUCCUCCCACUUCAGUCGCUGCCGUGGUAGUAAAAGAUACAUCCGACAGCGUUGUCCAUAAGGAUGUUGUCAGUGUUUCACCAACUGCUCCAGUUCGUCCUGAAAUCCCUCGGAAAAGAUGUAUCAGUUUUGUCUGUGGUGGAAAGAAAGAGGCAACGCCUGCCCCGGCUCUUACUACUGCUCCCGCAAUACAACCGCCUAAACCAAGAAGAAUUACUUUCAUGUGCGCUGGAGGGAAACCGUCGGUAAAAGAUGAUAAAUCUAAAGCUGAGCCAGCCGUUGAAAAGUCAAGCGACAUAUCAAAAAGACUUAGCUCUCGGUCACCAUCUAUUCCCAGAAAAUCCCCACGCUCGCUUCCUCAGUCUCCGCCGCGACCACGUCGGGAUUCCCUUACCAUGUCAAAACGAGGACCGCCAAGCCCAACCAUCACGAGAGCAAAGCCUAAAUGCAUUAUCGCCAAUGAGAAUACCUUCCAGUCAUCCGAGGCUACUCGAUUCCAUGAGUUUGCUAGUGAUGAGCCGCAGGAAGAUGACUGGAUCCGUGAAGAGGUCAAGGUCACUUCCAAGAAGAUGACCAUUAACGAUACUUUGAAGAUGGAGAAUGCUAUACGGAAAUUGGGCAACGAGGCUGAAGAAGAGGCGAUGGAAGAAGAUGAUGACGACGAUGACGACGAAGAUGAAGUCGUCAAUUAUUCCGAGGAUGACGAGGAUGAGGACGAAGAUGAUGAAGAAGAGGAAUACGAAGACGAAGACGACGAUGAUGAAGAUGAGGAUGCUUCUGACGGAAAUGAGACCGACAAUGAAGCAGGCUUUGCAGAUUCUGAUGAUAGUGAUGUUGAAGGAGAAUUUGCUUUCUGGACUCCAGGACGCAAUAUCCCACACAUCCAAACUGGAGAGCCUUCAACCUACCGCCCAUCAGCACAUCGAGCUGCAUCUGCAUCUUCCAUUGAUUCCGUGAGCUUCAUCGACUCCAAGCUUGGUCCCAAGUCAUUGAGACGCCCACGUCGUCGCCCGAUGAAGAUCAGACCUGGAACUCCUGAAUUACCGGAUAGUACCGACUUUGUCUGUGGGACGCUCGACGAAGAUAGGCCGAUGGAAAAUGCAUACAUCGCAUGCAUGAAAGCACGUGAGAAUGCGAAGCACAAGCAAACGCCUCAGGACAUUGAUCCUAGCUUCCCGACUUCGGAUUUUGACGAAGAGGAUGACGACGAUAUCGUCGCAGCUGGAGAGGAUAGUGACGAACAUGUUUGGCUUCACGGGAACUUUGAGGAGUCUGACAGCGAGAAAAAGGGACGGAGUCGGCCAACAACCACCCGCCGAAAGUCGCCAAUCGUCUCACCCAGAAGAGCUCACUCACCUGCGCCAACUCGUAGACUCCAUUCUCCUCCCCCAGCUCGCCGACUUCACUCUCCUCCUCCACCUCGCCGGCAUCAUUCUCCACCACCGCCAAAACAACGCCACCGGUCACCUCCUCCACGGAAGCUGUUUGGACAAUCCCCAAGGUGUAUGCGUUCUCCACCUCCAGCGCGAACCAUUCAAUCGCCAGCUGUAACGCCUAUGCAAUCGACCAACGGUGUCGUAUCAUUUAUGUCAUUGGCAUCCCGACCGGGGCUCACCCACACUAAGUCUCUCCCACGCGCACCAAAUAUCUUUGGCCGCCAGUACAAGGCUUCCCGUAUUGAGGCCGCAGCUGGUAACGCGUAUGACAACAGUGAUGGUCCAGAUGGACACGUCCGUGGAGCUAUCGAUAUCGUCAAAGGGCUUGAACGAAAGCGUCAACGUCGCAAAGAGAAAUUCCUACAGAAACACUGUAACCGGAAACAAAAAGGUCAUGCGGAGCGUAAGCCUCAACCUGGCAAAGGCGCCGAGCGUAUGCGUGAGCUUGGGCUCCUCAUGGCCGGCAAAACUGGCGUCACGGACCCGUAUAUGAUGUCCGCUUAA